GUCUUGGGUUACUUUAUAAUAGUUAAAGAGUAUCUCGACAAGGAGAGGAGGAGGCCAUGGAACCACUCCCUGGCUUAUUUGCUACUCCGAUGAGCCAUGAAUUGUUGGUGGCAGCGAGGACGGGCGACAUGAGCGUACUCGGAGGCAACGACUCCCUCCUUCAAGUCACGGCCGAAAGGAACACCGUGCUUCACAUUGCAGCCAAGCUAGGACACACUGACUUCGCCACCGGAGUCCUCAACCGGCAGCCCUUCCUCCUCAUGAUCCAAAACGGACAAGGAGACACUCCGAUGCACUGCGCUGCCAGAGCCGGCCACACGCCCAUGGUGGAUGUCUUCAUCCCUCACCCUCCCCGUCGGGGCGAUCCUGAACGUCGGCUGCCCUACAUGGUAAACAACGUUGGUAACACAGCCUUGCACGAGGCGGCACUGAACGGCCACGAUUCCUUCGUCGAGGAACUGAUGGCGAAGGCUCCGGGCGUAUCGGCGGUGACCAACAACGUCAACGGCGUGUCGCCCCUCUAUAUGGCGGUGGAAAGCGGGUCAGCGUCGAUCGUGCGGCGUUUGCUGGCGGCGACGGAGGCGUCAUGCGACGGACCCAAUGGGCGGACGGCUUUGCACUCAGCCGUCCUCAGGAGCCACCUUUAUUGGUGGAUCCCACAACCUUUUCCAACGUCUUCCGAUUUAUCAGCUGUGGAAAUCACAAGGAUGUUGCUGCAGCAGAGGGCCAGUUUAACCCGAAAAGCCGAUGCCGCCGGACUCGUACCUCUCCACUUUGCAGCCGCCCGCGGAGACCUUGAAAUGGUGAGACUUCUGCUACAAAAUGAUCCAUCUACCGCGUAUGUGCGAGACAAUGGUGGCGCCUCUGCAAUCCAUGUCGCUGCAAGCUUCGGGCAUGUGAACGUGAUCAAACAUCUCAUCGAAACAUGCUCCGGUUGUACGGAGGUGAGGGACGGGGAGGGCAGCAACUUCUUCCACGUAGCCAUCAGCAAACGAAGAGAACAAGUGGUCCGAUUUGUGGCUACAUCACCUCGUCUCACUGAUCUCUUGAACGAGCCGGAUUCGGAUGGGAACACUCCCCUGCAUCGAGCUAUAAUAUCUCGAGACAUGGCCAUCAUACAAAUGUUGUCGUCCAGUCCAAGAGUCAAGCUUAGUGCAACCAACAACCGCGGUCAAACCGCUCUUGAUGUCGCUCUAUCCAACACAAGGAACCGCCUGGUAAUCAAAAUGUUCAAGGUAGUGAUUGAUUUGACGAAUAAGGGUGCGCGAUUCAGUGACCCGCAGCUCCUUCAGGACAUGGUCCAUCCGGUGGACCAAAAGGGCACGGUUGAAGAGAAGAAUCAAAAAGAAAUAGCCGACAGUAAGCAUACAGUGCAUACGGUAGACCAAAAGAGCAAAGUCGAAGAGAAGAACUAUAAAGAGAUCGCCGAUAGUCUACCCGUCGUGGCAGCGCUUAUUACCACCGUCACCUUCACUGCAGCAUUCACCUUAUCAGGGAGUUUUGAGAGGGAUCGCAGCGAUGAUGAGAGCAUCUACAGGCGUAUAAGGGGGAUUGCCUUUGUGGUGUUUCUGAUAUCUGAUGCCCUGGCCAUGAUAUCCUCCAUUUGUGUUCCCUUCCUCGUCAUCUAUGUGCGGGUAGGAACUCCUGUUACCCAGGUCUACAGUCUUACUCUAUCCGAAAUACUACUGCAGGUCGCGUUCAUAGGGUUCAAGGCAGCAUUCGCCAGUGGUGUGUGUGUGCUGAUUGCGGAUCACUACAUGUGGCUCACCAUCCUCAUCUGCCUCGUGAUUCUGCUCUCUGCUAUGGCCCUCAAGAGAAAGAUCCUUCCUUUCUACCCUUACCUAUGUUGGCUGACCAGAGGGAGUGAGUUCCAGAUCAUUUACAUUAGCUUAAUGAUCGCCCGGCAUAAGAUGAUACGAAUUGCCAACUAUGAAUUAGCAAUAGACUUCAUCAAGUUUCCUGGUGUGUGGGGCUUCUCCAUCACAAAAUUCUGAGCAGUACCCGAGGGAGGGAUGAUUGGUGGUCAUUACCUGUAUCCCACUGCCUCGCCGCAAACUUGAAGAAUAUGUUGCUGUGGUGAUAGAUAGGCUCGAAUGGUCUUCUUCCACAGAUGGACGAUCCAAAUUUGACCUCGUCAACAAGUGACAAUGUUAAUUUGACCAUUAUCCGCAAUGUGCUUAUAUGUAUGACAGAUGCACCUCAUCAAUAAGUAGCAACUUGUCGCAUGAUUAUGCCAA